AUCUGAAUAAUAAACGUCGUAUUAUCCCCUUCUCUCCGGCGAGGGUAAAAGAGAAAGUUAACCCUAUUGAUAACCAAAAACACUCGGAAGAUGACGGAACCGGUCACCACCGGCCAAACAGACGAUCAAGAAGUAGGAACGCCGGAUAACAUGGAGGAGAGGAAUCCAUCCCCGAAAGUUGUUAGCCGUAAGGAAAAGCGAAAGGCGUUGAAGAAAGACAAGAGGAAGCAAAUAAGGAAGGAGCUAGCGGAGAAAGCUCGCACCGAGGAGGAAGCUCGGCUCAAUGAUCCCGAAGUGAAACGAAAGAUUGAACUAGAAGAAGAGAGGGAGAAAGAGAGACUAGAGAAGGAAAGAAAGGAGUUUGAGGAGAGAGAGCGGAUUUUUCUCGAAGAGUUACAAAGGAAGAAGGAAGAGGAAGAAGAAGAAGAGCGAAGGAAUGCUGUUGAAAGAGAAUCAAAGCUAAAACAGGAAGGAACAGAGGAAGUCUCAAAUGAAGAUGACGAUGAAUGGGAAUACAUAGAGGAAGGGCCUCCUGAAAUCAUAUGGCAAGGAAACGAAAUAAUAGUGAAGAAGAACAAAGUCAAGGUGAAAAAGAAAGAGGCCAAUCAAUCUAUCCAAAAAGAGGAUCCUGAUAGACCUACAUCAAAUCCACUUCCUCCACAAUCUGAAGCUUAUGCUGCUUUCAAGAAUGCACCCAUGACUCCAACAGAGUUGCUGGACACUGUUGCCCAGCAAGUCCCAAACUUUGGAACAGAGCAGGAUAAAGCUCAUUGUCCAUUUCAUAUUAAAACUGGAGCAUGUAGAUUUGGUAUGCGUUGCAAUAGGGUUCAUUAUUACCCUGAUAAAUCAACCACAUUGCUUAUCAAGAACAUGUACAAUGGACCUGGGCUUGCUUGGGAACAAGAUGAGGGACUUGAGGUCUGUUGUUGGGUUCAGCCUGUGAUUCGUAAUCUUUCCCAAGAUCCACACUGGAAGUUCAUGAAUUUGGCUUUUUGAGGAUUGGAGAUAAACGUUAUUAGCGAUUUGUGUCAUAUUUGUCAUGCAAUUGAAGAUUUUGUACUCUACAAGCUUGAGCUAACAAAUGACUUCAACAUUGCCAUCUAUUUUUAGUAUAUGUAUCCUUUCAAUAGCUUUCAGUAUACAGAGGAAGAGGUUGGGCGCAGUUAUGAAGAGUUUUAUGAGGAUGUACAUACAGAGUUUUUGAAGUUUGGGGAAAUAAUAAAUUUUAAGGUGUGUAGAAAUGGUUCUUUUCAUUUGAGAGGAAAUGUUUACAUCCAAUAUAAGUCAUUGGAUUCAGCUGUGAUGGCUUACAAUUCUGUACAUGGUCGUUAUUUUGCAAGCAAACAGGUUAAAUGUGAGUUUGUUAGCCUAACAAGAUGGAAGGUUGCUAUAUGUGGGGAAUACAUGAAAUCAAGGCUUAAGACGUGUUCUCGAGGGUCUGCUUGUAAUUUUUUACAUUGUUUCACGAACCCUGGUGGAGACUAUGAAUGGGCUGAUUGUGAUAAACCACCUCCAAGAUUUUGGGUCACAAAGAUGGUUGCUUUAUUUGGUUAUUCAGAAGACGACACCUGGCACCAACCAACUCCCAAGGACCAACAUCGCAUAUUUACAUCAGAUAGAGACAGUUAUCACGAAAAAAGGCAUCGGUCUAUUGAAAAAAAUCAGCACAAUGGAAAUUCAAGUAGAAAACACGAUGAUGAAAAUCACGUUCGAAAAAGCAGAAAACGUGAACGCGAUAAAAAUUAUGAACACGAGGAUUCCGAUUCUGAUGGAGAUCGGUUGAGGAGACAUCAUGAAGGUUCACAAACUCACUCAAGUCAUAGUAGGAGCAAAGAGAGUAAACCCCAUGAUUAUUAUCGUAAAAGCAAGAGAAGAACUCAUGGUAGUAGUAGUAGUUCCGAUGAAGACUUUUACACCAAAAAACGACAUUUAAACACGAAAAGUAGGUCACGACGUACGAAAAAUGUCUUGGAAUCAUCUAACGAUGAAGAAUUGGAUGAUGCCGAGUUAAAAAGACGUAAAGAACGGAAAACCGAUCGUCGGAGGUCGAGAAGGCGUGGUCGUGAUGGUAGCUCCGGUGAAAUUGACGGAGAAUCCGGCGAGGUGGAGCGGCAGCGGAAUGGGAGGAGUAGGUCACGUGAUCGUGAUGGUGAUGGUGGGUGUCUCUCAGAGAAAAAUGAGAUGGGUGACCGUUGGGAGCCCGAAGGUUCUCCUAAUGAAUUGAAAAAUUCAGAAGGUGAUGGUAAAAGUAGUCAUGGAGAGAACCGGAGAAGUCGUGAUCAUGAUGAUAAGACGAGGGAGAAGAGGAAGAGAAUUUGAGAAGCGGCUAAGAAAUGACACGAUAUAACAAACUGAGACUGUUGGCAUGUAUUGGAUUUGAGAAAAAGUUGUAAUUUUUGGAUGAUUUUGAUCUCAUCCAAAAAGUGGAGCAAAAUGGGGAUGCC